AUGGCAAAGACACUAGAAGAAUUCGCUCAAUUGGAGCCUCUCUGGGAAAAAGCAAUAAAAUACCCAGCUGAUAUCGCCCCGGAGGAAAAACACCAGCUGAUGGAAUGGCCGCCCCUAGAGGAGAUGCGGGCUAAGGCCAGCAAUCACCAGGGAAUGUCUCUUGAAGACUUACUUCAAAAAGCUGCUACGGAUCCUCACUCCCUCACAUAUCCGGAAUGUCGUCUUAUCCGUGACAAAUUCCGCAUUAUGCGACUGUUUGAUAGUGGAAAUCGGUUUGCCUGGCGGUGGAAGCGUCCUGAUCUUUAUAGUAAGAGGAAUCAAGCCCGAGAUGCAAUUUUGACACAAACCGAGCUAGAAGCCAUUCGAGCUGUGGAUGAGAUAUUCUACCAAAAACAAAGUGCGGAAUUCAAGGCAAGAAAAGCUAAGCGACAGCAAGAACCGCCACCACAUAUGCCGCGGGAGUGGGUACAAAAGAUCAUUGAUCGAAAAGAUGAUAAGAGCUGGGGUUAUAUUUUCUAUCAUCAUAAAGCUAUGGCUGGAUGGGAUGAGUUUUUUCAAAUUCGCUCAAUUCAUCCCAUUUGA